GCUGUGAACUUCACCCUGGAGGAAUGGUCAUGCCUGAAGGCCUCUCAGCGGAAGCUGUACAGGGACGUGAUGCUGGAGAACUACCAGCAUCUGCAGGCUGUGUGUGGCAAGGCCUUUACUCAGUCGUCAAGCCUCAAUAAACAUGCAUUUAUUCACACUGGAGAGAAACCGUAUAUAUGUAAGGAAUGUGGAAAGGCCUUUGCUAGAGCCUCAAGACUUACUAUACAUAGAAGAAUUCACACUGGAGAGAAACCGUAUAUAUGUAAGGAAUGUGGAAAGGCCUUUGCUAGAGCCUCAAGACUUACUAUACAUAGGAGAAUUCACACUGGAGAGAAACCGUAUAUAUGUAAGGAAUGUGGGAAGGCCUUUACUGAAUCCUCAAGCCGUAGUAUACAUAGGAGAAUUCACACUGGAGAGAAACCAUAUAUAUGUAAGGAAUGUGGAAAGGCCUUUGCUGUAGCCUCACGACUUAGUUUACAUAGGAAAAUUCACACUGGGGUGAAACCGUAUAUAUGUAAGGAAUGUGGAAAUACCUUUGCUGAUGCCUCAAGACUUAGUGUACAUAGUAGAAUUCACACUGGAGUAAAACCGUAUAUAUGUAAGGAAUGUGGAAAGGCCUUUACUUUGGCCUCAAGACUUAGUGAACAUCGGAAAAUUCACACUGGAGAGAGACCCUAUGUAUGUAAGGAAUGUGGAAAGGCCUUUACUUUGGCCUCAAGUCUUAGUGCACAUAGGAGAAUUCACACUGGAGAGAAACCGUAUAUAUGUAAGGAAUGUGGAAAGUCCUUUGCUGGAGCCUCAAACCUUAGGGUACAUAGGAGAAUUCACACUAGAGACAAACCAUAUAUAUGUAAGGAAUGCGGAAAGGCCUUUACUUCAUCCCCACGAUUGACUGCACAUAGGAGAAUUCACACUGGAGAGAAACCGUAUAUAUGUAAGGAAUGUGGGAAGGCCUUUGCUGAAGCCUCAACACUUCGUGUACAUAGGAGAAUUCACACUGGAGAGAAACCAUAUAUAUGUAAGCAAUGUGGAAAGGCCUUUAUUGGAGCCUCAAGACUUAGUUCACAUAUGAAAAUUCAUCUCAGAGUGAAACCUCAUCAGUGUCAGACAUGUGGGAAGUCAUUCACACGGUUCUAUUCUCUUACUCUACACAUGAGAAUUCAUAAUGGAGAGAAACCUUAG